AUGCCAAACUCUUCCAAAAAUGGUUCGUUUAUAUCAAAAACACCAAGCUCAUCAAACGAUAGCAAUAAUGAUUCACUAACUUUAGAUGCCUUAAUGAAUACACUUUUUAUAAAUACUCACGAAUCUUUGGUGACUCUUGAAUGUUAUGUCCGGAAAAUAGAAGAUGAGAAUAAACAAAACGAAAAGUUGAUAAAACAACUAGAAAAGCAGGAUGAAGAAUUGAAAGUGUUAAAAACACAUUUGGAAACACAGAAUGAAGAAUCAAAGAAGACUUUUUUAUUCAAAUUUCGAAGUUUAUUUUAUUGA